CUUCAACCCCUCUUCUCUCUUCAUCCAUUUUUCUCUCCCUUGUGCUCUCCUCAACUUCGAAGAGAUUGCAUAUUGAUCCAUUCACGAUGUGAGAGCUAGAGGUAAGUGCGGCGUGGCCGCAUCCUCUUCAACUGCGGAAGGGGACUGUCAACUCGGCUCCAGAAACGCUUGCCAAACUGAGCAUCAAAACGCCCAACAUGGAAGGUGUUUGCCCGCCAAAAGGGAGCAAAGAAGUACUUGAGUACGCAAGUUCUAUUCUUCCUCCCGGCUAACGCAGAGAAAUGCCAUGAGAUCCAAGCUCGACUCGUCACCAGGCGUUCUUUCGGCGCGGGCUAGCGCACAAAGAAUCCGUUCUGCCGACCCACGAUUGAGGAGGUUACACUGUUACGAACCCAAAGAGGCAGCUCUUUGAGUGGGCGAUGCUCUGGCAAAGGGGCAGAGGGAGCAGACUUUACCUCGGUGCCGGACCAUUGGAUCGUCCGGACGAAACGAGUCGACAUGUCCCUGUCGCGUCUCAGCCAGCCCCUCGUCCAUCUCUGCCGUUCCCCGCACAGGUCGAUACAUUGAUAUAAACAUCAGCUGGGUGGCUCAUUCUCGACGAAGAAUCCAGGCUCUUUCUGAGUACACCAACUGCAAAUUUAAGACAUCGGACUCGGUCGCUUUCCCCAAUAAGAUUCUUCCCCAGAACCAACUUCUUUCCUCUUGUAUAGGCAUCCACCUCCGCUCAAAAUGCCUUUCCACGCAACAGUCCUCUACCCAAAUGACGACGAUACCAAGUUCGACAUGUCUUACUACCUCAAGACCCACAUGCCUCUAGUGAUGGAAAACUUCAAAAAGCACGGUCUUAAGAGAUGGGAGGUGCUCGAAUACAAGCCCGGUGGAGACGGCGCAAAGCCCAAGUUUUGUGUGGGCGCGACCCUGAUCUGGGACACGCCUGACCAGCUGGGUGCGGCAUUGGCCUCGGAGGACGCAAAGCCUGUCUUUGGAGACAUCCCCAAUUUCUGCAACAAGCAGCCCGUCUUCCUCGGAGGGGAGCUUGUGGGGACAUCUUAGAGCGGAAGUUGACGAUCGCCAGGGAAGUGAAUAUCAAUAGACGAGGAUAUUCAUCAGUCCUCAACCAAGAGGUCUGGUGCAGCCACCGAUUCAAGAAUGAACAAUGAUGAGCACAACUUGCUGCCUCGGGAUGUUUCGGACAAAUGCUUCUUCGAGUGACACAGAGAAUGUUCCGUCUAUUUCUUCUUGCGCAAUGCUAAGGAAUCGUUCGCAUGCAACCAGACAACCCAAGGGCCUAGCACGUAGUGAGUUCCAGGACCACUGCUAUGUUCAUUCUUAGCCGAAACCCAUAACAAACCUCGUACCCUCGAGGAGAUAUAUACCACCGGCCGGGUGGCAAACCAGUUGAAUGUACCCCCGAGACCGAUACUACAAACGCAUCGAGACGAUAGACACGAACCGAAAGACGCACAAGGGAGGUCGGGCUCUCUUUAGCGAACCGCUUAUGUAGCUGAG